ACUCUUGGAAAAGGGCAGCGUUGGGUGCGUUUCCUCCUUGAGUGGAUCGGAAGCCAGAGCCAUCAAUGGAGCAUACUUGAGAUUCAGGACAGGCUUCCAGAAGUACUUAACGUGGCACAUAGCUUUCGGCUGCCUUUCCUUCUCGGGAAUGACCUGGUUGCUAUCCAGACUCAUCUGCAUUUCCUCAGGGAAAGUCUUCCGCUCGCUCACCCAUCAUUGUUUGGGCUUUGCAGGACUCGGUAGGACCUCCAGUUAGGAGAGCCUUUGGCAGAAGUGGGAGAGAGUCUCUUGGGCCCUGUUGAAGGCUUCCUUGGUACACAAAGAUCAAAGAUGGAAGACCGAGACUCAACUGGCUGUGAAGCAGGAAGAGGCCUGUAUAUAGCCCAUGGGGAAUUCUGGGAAACAGCUGUGCAGAGGAUCCUGGGUAUGGAGGACGCCCUCAGCUCAGAUGUGCAGCUCCAGCGUUUCAGGCAGUUCUGUUACCAGGAAGCCAAAGGACCCCGAGAGGUUUGCAACCGACUCCACAGUCUCUGCUGUCAAUGGUUGAAACCGGAGCAACAUACAAAGAAUGAGAUCUUGGACCUGGUGAUCCUGGAGCAGUUCUUGGCUGUCCUUCCACCACAGAUGGAGAGCUGGGUGAGGGAAUGUGGGGCGGAGACCACUUCCCAGGCGGUGGCCCUGGCCGAAGGUUUCCUCCUGAGCCGGGCAGAGGAGAAGAAGUGGGCAAAGCAGCAGGUAAAGGGUUUGUUUGCAGAAGUGGCCACUUAUUCCCUGGAAUCACAGACGUCUUCUUCGGACACCAGACAGAGUCCCCUCCAAAGGGGGACUGCUCAAGAGAGUGACAGAUGUGCCAACUCAUUCAGUGAUGAAAUGAGGCCAGCAAAACUUCCUCAACUGUCUCUUGUUUGUGAUGGAGGAGAAGCAGCUGCUAUGGAAGAGGAUCAGAGUCUCAUGUCCUUUGAGGAGGUGGCUGUGUAUUUCACACAGGAGGAGUGGGCUCUGCUGGAUCCUGACCAGAGGGCACUGCACAGGGAAGUCAUGAGGGAGAAUUGUCGGAUCGUCACCUCUCUCGGUUGUGAACAGAAAACUGAGAAUCAGGGAGAACUACGUGGGGUGUUCGCUGAAAGAGACACGUGUGUAAAGGGGGAGCAACAGAGAAGGAAAACUGAAACGCAACCUGCUUCUUCUCAGGAUGGUGUCUACCAUCAAGACCCCAUCCAAAAAGAAAUUCAAAAAAGAGAAGAAGAGAAUGCACACAGUGUGUGUCAGAAAAGUUUCCGUCCUAAAUUGACCUUUAACUCUCAUGCCAAAAUCCACACGAGAGAGAAACCUUAUAAAUGCUUGGAGUGUGGAAAGAGCUUUUGCCAGAAGAUAUAUCUCACUAAACAUGAAAGAAUUCACAAGGGGGCGAAGCCGCAUACGUGCAUGGAGUGUGGCAAGAGCUUUCAUGAGAAAUCACAUCUCACUAUUCAUCAAAGGAUUCAUACAGGGGAGAAACCAUUUCAGUGUCUGGAGUGUGGGAAGAGCUUUUGUCAGAAGAUAAAUCUCACGACCCAUCAAAGAGUUCAUACGGGGGAGAAACCUUUUCUAUGUUUGGAAUGUGGAAAGAGCUUCUCUCGAAAGACUUAUCUCGCUGCUCAUCAAAGUAUUCACACGGGGGACAAAUCUCAUGAAUGCUUCAAGUGUGGAAAGAGCUUCAGUAGUAAGACAAAUCUUGCUACUCAUCAAAUAAUUCAUACCGGGGAAAAACCAUAUAAAUGCUUGGAGUGCGGAAAGCGUUUCUCUCUCAAGGGACACCUCACCACUCAUCAAAGAAUUCAUACCGGGGAGAAACCACAUAAAUGCUUGGAGUGUGGAAAGAGCUUUGUUUGGAAGACACACCUCACUGCUCAUCAAAGAAUCCACACAGGAGAGAAACCAUAUAAAUGCUUGGAAUGUGGAAAGAGUUUUCGUGAUCAGGCACAUCUCACACGUCAUCAAAGAAUUCAUACAGGGGAGAAACCAUUUAUAUGCUUGGAGUGUGGAAAGAGCUUCUGCCAGAAGAUACACCUUGCUACCCAUCAAAGAGUACACACAGGAGAGAAACCAUAUAAAUGUUUGGAAUGUGGAAAGAGCUUCUGUCGGAAGGCAGACCUUGCUACACAUCAAAGAAUUCAUACUGGGGAGAAACCACAUACAUGCUUGGAAUGUGAAAGGAGCUUCAGUAGUAGGGCAAAUCUCAUUGCUCAUCAGAGAAUUCACACGGGAGAGAAACCGCAUCAAUGCUUGGAGUGUGGAAAGAGCUUCUGCCGGAAGACAAAUCUUGCUACCCAUCAAAGAAUUCACACAGGGGAGAAACCAUACAAAUGCUUGGAGUGUGGAAAGAGCUUCAGUUCUAAGAGAAAGCUCACUACUCAUCAAAGAAUUCAUACUGGGGAGAAACCACAUACAUGCUUGGAAUGUGGAAAGAGCUUCAGAAGUAAGACAAAUCUCACUGCUCAUCAGAGAAUUCACACUGGGGAGAAACCACAUCAGUGCUUUGAGUGUGGAAAGAAUUUUCUACAUAAGAUAAGUCUCACUUUGCAUCAAAGAAUUCACACAGGGGAGAAACCAUUUAAAUGCUUGGAGUGUGGAAAAAAAUUUCUGUAUAAAAUAUGUUUCACUUUACAUCUAAGAAUUCACACAGGGGAUAAACCAUUUAAAUGCUUGGAGUGUAGAAAGAGCUUUUGUCGGAAGGCAGACCUCACUACUCAUCAAAGAAAACACACAGGGGAGAAACCAUAUCAAUGCUUGGAAUGUGGAAAGAACUUCUGUCAGAAGGCAGACCUUGUUACUCAUCAAAGAAUACACACAGGGGAGGAACCAUAUAAAUGUUUGGAAUGUGGAAAGAGCUUUUCCAGGAAGGCAAAUCUCACAGCUCAUCACAAAAUACACACAGGGGAGAAACCACAUAAAUGCUUAGAGUGUGGAAAGAGUUUCUGUCGGAAGUCACAAGUUAUUAGUCAUCAAAGAAUUCAUAUAGGGGAGAAACCAUAUAAAUGUUUGGAACUUGGAAAGAGCUUCUCUCAGAAGACUGAUCUCACUGCUCAUCAAAGGAUGCACAUAGGAGAAACCUCAUAAAUGCUUGGAGUGUGAAAAAAGCUUCUCUUGGAAGACACACCUUAUUACUCAUCAAAGCAUUCAUAGAGAAGAGAAGCUAUAUAAAUGUUUGGAAUGUGGAAAGUUUAUCUCAGAAGGUGGUUCUCACUGCUCAGCAAAGGAUGCACAUGGGAGAAACCGCAUAAAUGCUUGGAAUAUGAAAAGAGCUUCUGUCAGAACAUGCAUUUUAUUCCUCAAAGAAUUAAUACAGGGGAGAAAACGGAUAAAUGCUUAAGAGUGUCGAAAGAGCCGCUGUAGUAAGAGAAGUCUCACUUCUCAUCAAAGAAUUCAUACAGUAGGGAAACUAGAAGUGCUUGGGAGAUGGGAUGAGAUUGUCACAGUUUAACUCCUUUUUCAGAUUGGAGCUGAGUUGGUGACGGAUAUGGCCCGGAGGAUGGAGCAUGGUCUGGACAAAGCUCCAAGGGCCAGAUGGUGAGGCCUGUAGUGGCACAUUCAGCUCCGACACUUGAAGUCCCUAAUUCUUACUAUACACAAAGAUGGAGAGGAAGAGAAACUACCUCCCCCCCAAAAAGCCCAUGCCACACACACACAUUGAUUUUUCACGGUGUUUGGCUAAAAUUGAAUAGACGAAAAAACUAUUGGAUCUGCCACAUUUUUCUUCAGCAUCCCCUGAAAAGCACCAUCAGAUUAAGACAUGCAUUGGUAUCUGUGGAUCAAUGCUUUUGUGCCACAGUGGUGCUCUCAAGCACAAGGCUAGUGCUUUUUACUGUUCAGACAAUAGACACAAAGUGGGGGGGGGUUUGGGGGGGUAGAAAUGCUGUUUAUAUGUCUGCUCAUGUUUGUGUUUGGAACAAAAAGAUGUUCUGUGACCGCUGAGACUGUCAAAGUUCAAUUUCAUGUGCUGUUAUGAUGUUGCAGGCCUGGUUAGCUGUACUGCUGGGUGAAACGUUCUGGGAAGAGAGAGAAGCAAUUGCUUUGAGAAUUGAUUAGGCAGGGCCUGAAUCAGGUAAAUUCAUUCCAACUGGUCUGGGUGUCAAUAGCUUCUGAUUGGCUCAAGGUUCUAGUCUGGAGUUAACUGUCAGCAAAGGAGACAGUUGAGUUUAAGAGCUGAGAUUAGUCAGUCGAGGAGUUGGAGGAAAAAGGGUGUCGAUGAGGAGACUGUGAGGGAAAAGACCAGAGAGAAAAGCUGAGGAGAAGAGCUAAGGUCCAAAUGUUUAUACCCAGUAUGUUAUUAAUACUGACCUGGAGAAAAUCAAGAGAAGGGAGCUAGUGAAUGAGUUGGUCUGAGAGGCUGUCCUGUGUACAGGUCUUACCAGAGGAAGAUAACACAAGCAGCCAGAUGUAGAACCAGGGGAAGUUUGAGGUACAGAAGCAGAUUAUCCCUGGUUGCUGGACUGGGUUGUGGGAGUAUUUGGCUGUGGUGGUGGUUUAGGGAAUUUGCCCAGCCUGUUAGAGACCGGGGGUCAGCAAUGGCAUCUCUGAAGUCUUCAGCAACUGUCAACAAGCACCAUUAAGACCCCAUAUAACAUGGUUUCCCUUAAAUAAACCAACAACUUUAGUUUAACGUUCAUCUUGCCUCUACUGUUGGCGACCAUCUCGCACCAAAGCGUGCUUACGAUGCUAGGUAGUAGAGGUUUUUGAAAGCAUUUGGAGUAAAUUGAGGGCAGCAGAAAAUUAAGAGAAGCACAGAUACCUAGGCCUGUGUUUAUAGAAAGUGAGGUGGAGGGAAUGGGGAGUCCCUGACCAGGUGGUACUGAGCUCAUACUGUGUGCAUGAUCACCUCAGAAGCUGUGGAGUGGAAUCAAAGAAAAACUUUGGCCAGGAAGCUUUUGCUGGUGGCUGAAGUAGGUCUGUAUGUCUUGAGAGCAGAAAUGUAUUCUAUAAGAGCAGAGACUUAAGGAGACGCCAAGUAUGUCUGCACUCUGCAGAGACAUGGACCCGGACAGGGCUGAGUUGGCAAACACGCAACUUUGCGGUCAUCCAGCAGUUGUUAUCGCUCUGAAGCAGGAAGGACAACAUGAAUGAUGCUCAAAAGUCAUUAACGAGAAUGCUGAGACUCCCAAAAUGAAAUAGAACACAAAAGGUACUUAUCUCUUAGAUCAAAAUCAAAGGGAAUGUUCUUGGAACCCAAUCUAUGGGACUCCCAGCGACCUGGGCUGUGAUUGCAGAGAUGCUAAUUAGUAUGAUCUAAGCUGGAUGCAUGCAAAGUUUGCACUUUGGGAGGGUGGAUCAAGCUGCCAAAGGUCUGAAAGAAAACAUAUCAAAAUCUCUGCCCAGAAGAUCUUCUUAACACUGUUAUUCACCAACCCCUUUCUCCAGAAUCUCUGAGAGACGACCAUGUCUGCACUAUUCACCCUCUCUUGGAGGAACUGCUAGAAACUUUUCCUCUUUCUUAAAAAAUAAAUAAAUACAUGAAUAAAUAUUCCUUCCAUGAAAACCAUGGAUCUAGUUGAAAUUUGUCAUGCUUAAUCCACUCUGGUCAGAUGCCUAUCCAAUAAACAGAGUGCAAUGCAUAAUGUUUUUUUGUUCUUUUUUAUAAAAACAGUUCAAACAUCUUAAAUGUAUCAUUUUCAUCAUGAUUUCAAAUUAAUGAGGGAAAACCAUGGUGUUCUGACGUUUCCCCUCAUAUUGGAGUUUUUGAGAAUGGGCUUUAAGCGCAAGAUGAGAUGAUGGUUUGUAUUAUUAUGAUGUAUUUUAUUGUAAUUGAGAUGUACGUCGCCUAGAGUGGCCAUUGGCCAGAUAGGCGACAUAUAAAUUAAAUUAUUAUUAUUAUUAUUAUUAUUAUUGUUACAAACUGAACUUGGACUUUCUCAUGAGCACAGCAUCUGCUGCUACAGCCCUUCUCCUUCCCCUCCUCUCCGCUUGUCAUUUCACUGUCAGAAGACUAUCCUUGGUGGGUCUGUGUGAGUGUUGUUGUCUUUGUUGCAUAUGUGCAUGGACAAAGUUAAAAGGG